GUGAUAGCUUUUUAAGCGCUUAUUUAUAAAUCCACCUUUUGGUGGGUAUGGGGCACAUCUUGGCCUUGCUUCCCCAUUAAACCACCACCAGCAGCAGAAGGUAUGGGGUACGGUGCGGAGAAAAACUCCACCAGGAUUUUCAUGGUGAUUUAAGAGCAAAAAUCUAAGGGGAGAAGGUAGAGAGCGGAGAAGACCUUUCGGAACCUGGUAGUGAACUGCUUGUGAUUGCCUUGUCUGCUGCUUGGUGAGGGUGCUGUGCAAAGAAACGUGUUUUGCAGCGGAGGCGCCAGAGAGGGGUUCAGACGUUCCAUCACCUUCUCUUCUGUUCUCCUGCAUCCUUUGGGGUGGCUUUUCUGCUCGGAAAGGCAGGUUGCAAAGGAAGAAGUUGCCUUUGGUCCCUUUGUAAAAAUACGCACCCCUUGAGUCCUUUUAACUUCUUCGGUGAGGGGGAGAGAAGACCGAUUGGGCUCCGGCUUGGCUUUGUCUCCGAUUACAGUGAAAUUUUAUGAAUAAGCAUCAGAAGCCGGUGCUAACAGGCCAACGGUUCAAAACUAGGAAGAGGGAUGAAAAGGAAAAAUUUGAACCAACAGUCUUCCGGGAUACAAUUGUCCAAGGUCUCAAUGAAGCUGGCAAUGAUCUGGAAGCUGUAGCCAAGUUUCUGGAUACAACAGGCUCAAGGCUAGAUUAUCGACGCUAUGCUGACACUCUCUUUGACAUCUUGAUAGCUGGCAGCAUGCUAGCUCCAGGAGGGACAAGAAUAGAUGACAAUGAUAAGACCAAGAUGACCAACCACUGUGUGUUUUCUGCAGACGAAGAUCAUGAUGCCCUCCGACAUUAUGCUCAGGUCUUCAACAAACUCAUCAGGAGAUAUAAAUAUUUGGAAAAGGCAUUUGAAGAUGAAAUUAAAAAGCUCCUGUUGUUUCUUAAAGCCUUUUCUGAAACAGAGCAGACAAAGUUGGCAAUGCUCACUGGAAUCUUGCUAGCCAACGGGACACUUCCUGCAACCAUUUUAACGAGUCUUUUCACUGACAACAUUGUCAAAGAAGGUAUUGCAGCCUCUUUUGCUGUCAAGCUUUUUAAAGCAUGGAUGCUAGAGAAGGAUGCCAAUUCAGUUACCUCUGCUUUAAGAAAAGCUAACUUAGACAAGAGGUUGCUAGAACUGUUUCCAGCCAACCGGCAGAAUGUGGAGCAUUUUGCCAAGUAUUUCACCGACGCUGGCCUCAAGGAGCUGUCGGAUUUCCUCAGAGUCCAACAGUCCCUGGGGACUCGGAAAGAACUACAAAAAGAACUCCAGGAGCGUCUUUCUCAGGAAUGCCCAAUUAAAGAGAUGGUGCUUUAUGUAAAAGAAGAAAUGAAAAGAAACGAUCUGCCAGAGCCAGCUGUGAUUGGACUCCUGUGGACCUGUAUAAUGAAUGCUGUCGAAUGGAACAAGAAAGAAGAACUGGUUGCAGAGCAAGCCCUUAAACAUCUGAAGCAAUAUGCACCUUUACUGGCUGUAUUCAGCACCCAGGGCCAGUCAGAGCUGAUCCUUCUCCAGAAGGUUCAGGAAUACUGUUAUGACAACAUCCACUUUAUGAAAGCUUUUCAGAAGAUCGUGGUGCUCUUUUAUAAAGCCGAUGUCCUAAGUGAAGAAGCCAUCCUGAAGUGGUACAAAGAGGCACAUCUUGCAAAAGGCAAAAGUGUCUUCCUCGAUCAGAUGAAGAAGUUUGUUGAGUGGCUACAGAAUGCUGAAGAGGAAUCGGAAUCUGAAGGCGAAGAAAAUCAAGACGGCUGAACAAAGCACAAAACAUAAAAGCUGCGGCUGGCUGCUUCUUGCGGAAUUUUGUGCCAUUCAAGCAGAAAGACUCUUACUUCAGUGUCAUACCGAAAACUCUAGGCUAGGCUUUCCUUUUGUUUAGAAGAAUAAAAUAUUGGAGCCCUGAGACAUUAAAUGCUGUAUAUGAGACUGUUCCUCUGACACGCUGUACGCUAUUGUAGGCAGAGGUAUUCAGCAAGAAAGCAUAUAGGAAAACUGAAAUAAUAUACUUAAGGACUCCUUUUUAUUAGCAGUCUUUUCAGGUACUAUAUGUGAACACUUUGGUGUUUGUCUAUAGGGAUGUUGUGUAUGUGUAGCUCAAUAUUUGCUUGUGUAUGUGAUUUGACAUCAUCACAUUUUGGGGGAAUUAAAUGGCUUUUUUAUCUUA